CGCUGGGAGCACGAAGGUUUCCGCCAGAUCGCCCUGAACAAGGUGGCGGUCCUGCUGCUGGCCGGGGGACAGGGCACGCGCCUGGGUGUGACCUACCCCAAGGGCAUGUACUGUGUGGGUCUGCCCAGCCAGAAGACCCUGUACCAGCUGCAGGCUGAGCGGAUCCGGCGCCUGGAGCAGCUGGCCAGCAAACGCCACGGGACCCGCUGCACCGUGCCCUGGUACAUCAUGACAAGUGAGUUCACUCUGGGCCCCACGGCUGCCUUCUUCAAGAAGCAUGACUUCUUCCAGCUGGAACCUGCCAACGUGGUCAUGUUUGAGCAACGUAUGCUGCCUGCAGUGACUGUUGAUGGCCAGGCUAUCCUGGAACGGAAGGACAAGGUGGCCAUGGCCCCAGAUGGCAAUGGGGGCCUGUACUCUGCUCUGGAGGACCACCACAUCCUGGAGGACAUGGCGCGCCGUGGUGUGGAGUUUGUGCAUGUGUACUGUGUAGACAACAUCUUGGUACGGCUGGCUGACCCCCUCUUCAUCGGCUUCUGCGUGCUGCAGGGCGCGGACUGUGGUGCCAAGGUGGUUCAGAAGGCAUACCCCGAGGAGCCCGUGGGUGUGGUGUGCCAGGUGGAUGGUGUGGUCCAGGUGGUAGAGUACAGCGAGAUCAGUCUGGAGACGGCGCGACUGCAGGCGCCUGAUGGGAGCCUGCUGUACAGCGCGGGGAACAUCUGCAACCACUUCUUCACCCGAGACUUCCUCCACACGGUCAUCAGGGAGUUUGAGCCGUUGCUGAAACAGCAUGUGGCUGUCAAAAAGGUCCCCUACGUGGACGAGGACGGGAACGUGGUGAAGCCGCUGGAACCCAACGGGAUCAAGAUGGAGAAGUUUGUGUUUGACGUGUUCCCGUUCGCUAAGAAUUUUGUUGCCUUUGAAGUACAACGGGAGGAGGAGUUCUCCCCACUGAAGAACUCGGACUCCGCCGACAGGGACAGCCCUUCCACCACGCGACGGGCCCUGCUGGCACAACACUACCGCUGGGCGCUGCAGGCGGGCGCCCACUUCCUGGACAGCCACGGGGCCCUGCUCCCCGCGUUGCCCAGGCUGCAGGGAGGUGAGGACCCUCCGGUUGUCUGUGAGAUUUCCCCCCUGGUAUCCUAUUCUGGAGAGGGUCUGGAGGAGUACCUGCGGGGCAGGGAAUUCCAGUCCCCCCUCGUCCUGGAUGAGGCACGGGCCCAGGCACUGCUGACCCAGGAGUCCUGA